UUUAUGGAGGGAGAAGAUGUGGCCAGAGGCCAGGAACCUCAUUUGCAUUUAGUGGGUUGGGUUCAUGUACAUACAGUCCACGUUUUUGGGUUUCUCUUUACAUGGGCAGUAGCAUUAGUAGUGAUUUGCUUGCUUAAAAACGGAAGGUAUCUACAAAUGGCUUUUUACUGACACUGAAAUGUUUCCUGAGAUUCUCAGAAACAUUACUUUCCUUGGUUGAUGGGUGUUUAUCAAGAAGACAAAAUGUACCUCUUUUGUUUGCCCAUAGUAAUUUUUUACCAGCACAGCCCUCAGUUGUGCAUACACUCUAAAAGCUCUGCUUCAUGACCUGUGAUAUGCCUGCAGUCACUGCAGGCUUGGUUUACCAGAGACCUCCCAUGCUUAGUCUUCAUGUUACUAAUGAAAAAUAAGUCUAAGAUUCAGCACAACUGGCUGUCAGUGAACCAUAGUACCAUGUUUUGGAUUAAUUAUAAAAUAAUUUAUAUGCUGUAUGUACUGUAAAUAUAUAAAUUGAAUGCAUUUAUUUAUAUAAAAUGGUGGCGGGGGAGUUUGUCUUGAAAUAGUCAAGCACAAAUUUGUCCUUCACUUAAACACAGAAUUAUAUACAGGGGGCUGUAAAUGAAAGAAAUUCUUGAGUGUGUUUAAAAAGGGCUCAUGUUUCUGUCUGUUGUCUGUACAUACCUGAUCUCACCUUUCUGUUCACAACAGAAGAUAUUGUACUGCAUGUGUGUGUAAAUAAACUGAAUGUUAACUGCUGUUUGGAACCAACUAAUUUGUAGCCUAUAAUUUACUGUCAAUGCAUCAUAAGUCAAACUAAUUGUUCACAUGAAUAUGGCAUUAUGGUAGUGCAUGUAAAUAUAUGGAUAUAUAGAUAUAUACACUCUGGUGUGUAUACAUACACACUCUCUCUCUCUGUUUUUAUAUAUAUAUAUAUGGUAGAAUGAAUACAUAUUUAAAUUAAUUUGGCUGUGAUGAAAUGUCCAGCAUUACCUGAACUCUCCCUGGAAGUUACAUGCCUUAUCCCCUCUGCUGGAGACCAAAAUCUCCACAGUCUUACUGAAGCCCACUUCAGUUAACCUAACUUUGUAGCAGUGCAUUUGAGGAGUAUUUGUACUCCUGUUUCACUGUAGUCACCUUCUAAGUAGCUCUAUUAAAUGUUAUAAUUUUCUGUUGUUACUUGUGCUGUCGUGCCAUGUGUAAUAACAAACAGAUUGUACCAAAAGUUGUUUUUGCAGGUAGUCAGAGAGAAGUAUGGUGAAGUUUAUUGCCAAUGAUAUUAAGGACAACCACAGCUAGCAUAAUACAUUCCAUCAUUCUUGCAUUUGAGUAUUUCAGUAAUCAGUUUUAGGGAUGUUUACAUCCCCACACUGCUUUGCUUAGUGUUUGCCUUUAUGUUCAAAAGGAGGAAGCCUCCUCUUUCUUGGAAGAAGUAUUUUCCUUUUCUCAUGCUAUUCUUUUGAAAAGCUACAGGCUGCCAGAAGUGGUUCAAAUGCCUAUUUCCUUAAUGACAAAGUCUCAGAAGAUCAUUCUAACCAUGCAAACCAACCUGUUAAAUUGUUGAUCCCGAAACCACUCUCUAAUUAAUACCAACAGCAAAUAUUGUUAAAAGGGAAAAUCUAGGGGUUCUAGUCUACCUUGUAGAAAAAGUAGUGGAAAAAGCAAGUGGAACAUUUAAGGUAAGCCAAGCACAUCUUUCCUUCCCUAACUACUGUUUUGAGCCCCACUUUCUCUUAAGAUCCUCCAAAGUAUGGUGUUGCUAACUCUUUCAACAAUGUCAUGUCUUAAGUAGUGUUUCCCUUAAAACCCAAAUGAAGCUUAGGAAAUCAUAAGAUUAACUGCUUGCAAUGAACUCUAACCUAUGUCUUUGCAAUAAUUAAAUAUUUUUCAUUAUUUUGUAUCAUAAAACACAGCCUAUGUGAACUUCCAGCAGCAGUUUUCUCAGUGGGGUGGGUGCUUUGAAUCUGACCCUUUCACCUGCCUCUUCUCAGUACCUGAAGAUAAUUUCUGCCUACUUGGUAUUGGGCUUUAUACUUAGGAUGUCAGGAACUCUGAGGCACCCAGUUUCUAGAUGAAUUCAUUUUAAUUUUAGAAAGAAUCAGAACACCUAUGGAGGCAGAUGUGUUGAUGGCUCUCCUGAUGUUUUCAAAGGUAGGUUGAAAUGCCUAUUACCCUCCUUUACAUUUAUUAUACCAUCCUUUCUUCUGGAUGAGCUCACUCACCCUUAAGCAACUUCAGCCCUUCCUCUCAUUUUUAUUAUAACUGAAUUUUUUCAAAUGUUGAGGUCAAAAAUCCACCUGAACAAAAAACCAAAUGCUAUGAUUUACCUCUGCUUUUUUACUUUUUUAAGAAAGAAAUACUUACACCUACUGGUAACAGUUUAAUAAUUUUUUUUUUCUAUAAAAUGUUUGAUACUAGAAAGCAGACCAUUUUUUUGUCCUUAUACUCUGUUUGGGUCUUUUUUUUUAAAAUAAAAGGUAAGUAGGCGUGGUCAAGCAGUAUUUGUGGUUUACCAUGCUUCAUAUCAGAGCAAAGAGCUCAGUUUGGGCUGUUUUACUGGCACAGCUGAUGAAGAGAGGUUUGCAUUUUCAUUUUAAUAUUAAUGGAUAACCAGACAUGAUUCUUUCUACCUAUCACACCAUCCAGUCUGUUUUCUGCUGCUGCUGCUGCACAGUGCAAGAAAGAGAAAUGAGAACAAAAAUGAACCUGGACCCUGACACUGUCCUGGUGACCCAGUACCCUGCCUCACAACAAGAUGUUUCCUAUGAAUCUAUUUGGAAGUGCAGGCGUAAGAGACAAUUGCAAUUUAAGGACAAGCCAUUACCUCCUCUGCCUGCUGAGGCCUUUGAAGACUACACCAAGAAGCCCAGAGUUAUUGCACUCUAUGACUUCUUUGCUAGAGGGCCUUUAGAUUUACCUCUCAAGAAGUCAGAAGAAUACAUCAUCCUUGAACAGUAUGAUCCUCUCUGGUGGAAGGCAAGAGACCGACAUGGGAAUGAAGGUCUAAUUCCCAGCAACUACGUUACUGAGAACAAGAAAAGUAAUUUAGAAACAUACAAGUGGUACUACAGAAACAUAAACAGAAGCCAGGCAGAACUUCUUUUGCGCCAGAAGCCCAAAGAAGGUGCGUUUGUUGUCAGAGAUUCAAGCCGACAGGGCCUUCUUACGCUGUCCAUGUAUUCACGAGCUAAGGGAAAUCAUAAUGGAGAUAUUCUACACUAUCAAAUUAAACAAAACCACUUGGGACAAUAUUAUGUAGCAGAAAAAUAUCUGUUUUCAUCUGUUCCUGAACUCAUUGAGUAUCAUCAACACAAUGCUGCAGGUCUUAUCACACGUCUCCGACAUCCAGUCAGAUCAGAUGGAUGUACUUCCCCAGAAACUUCAGGAUUCAGUUAUGAGGAGUGGGGAUUAAACCCGUCUGAACUGUUGUUCCUGAAGGAACUUGGGCGUGGGCAGUUUGGAGUUGUUUAUCUUGGUAAAUGGAAAGAGACUAUCAAGGUUGCCAUCAAAACAAUCAAUGAAGGUGCAAUGUCUGAAGAUGAUUUCAUGGAGGAGGCCAAACUGAUGAUGAAACUGUCCCACCCAAAUUUGGUCCAGCUUUAUGGAGUGUGCACAUAUCACAAAACUCUCUAUGUUGUGACUGAAUUCAUGGAAAAUGGUUGCCUGCUCAAUUACCUUCGGCAAAGGCGGGGGAAACUCGGCAGAGACAUUCUCCUGAGCAUGUGCCAGGAUGUUUGUGAAGGGAUGGAAUAUUUGGAAAGAAACAGCUUUAUUCACCGUGAUUUAGCUGCAAGAAACUGUUUAGUCGAUGUGGAGCACAUUGUUAAAGUAUCUGACUUUGGCAUGGCAAGGUAUGUCAUUGAUGAUGAGUAUAUUAGCUCUUCAGGUGCCAAGUUUCCAGUCAAAUGGUCAUCUCCUGAAGUCUUUCAUUUCAAAAAAUAUAGCAGCAAAUCAGAUGUCUGGUCAUUUGGUGUACUGAUGUGGGAAGUUUUCACAGAAGGCAAAAUGCCUUUUGAAACCAAGUCAAAUUCUGAAGUUGUCCAUGAGAUUUCUCAGGGUAACCGACUUUAUCGACCACAUUUGGCAUCGCAUCCUGUGUACAAAGUCAUGUACAGCUGCUGGCAUGAGAAACCUGAAGGACGUCCUACUUUUGCAGAGUUAACAGUGGCCCUCAGAGGUCUAACAGAGCUGACAUAAUCACAGAUUUUAUACCAGUAUAUUUACUGAAAGGUCAGCAUUAAUCAUGGCACUAAUGUAGCUGGUAUAAAAACCCUCAACAUUUUACAGAGGUUUCUACCUGAAUCACAGUACCAGCAUCCUACAUAUUGAAGCUGUUUGGUCUUAGCCCAUUUUUUACUUAUUUGGGAAAGAUACUGCAGGAGACUGGUUUGGGACUCUCAAGGCUUUGUUUUCAUUGUUAGGGAGAAAACUCUCCUGUCUGAAAACAGUAACCAAGCCUACUCACCUUAUAGAUAUUUUUAUUCAUUCUUUCGUUCAGAGCUACACUAAUUCUUGCAUCAAUAUUAUUACAUUAUUUGUACUUACACUGGGGAAUACUGACUGGCAGCAGCAAAAAUGGUGGAAGAAUCUCUGAUAAAGCUGUGGCACUUCAAGGCAAUCCCUGUGUACUGCAAAGCAUCCAGCCCUGGAGAGCCAGAGCAAGGACAGCAAGCUAAGUGACUGUGUGCUGGAGCAGUGCCCACAAAGGAGGCAAAGGGAGCAAAGGAGCCGUCCUCAGAUAGUGGCUCCCAAGUCACGUCUGAGUGACUGAAAAGACUGAGCACCUCUGGAGCCAUUUUAAACAUGCAUUGCAGGUCAAGGUGUCUACAAUUCCAAUUCUGAAUAACAGAAGGGGAGCAAGGAUUAUUUUAUUCCGACCUCUCACACAAUUUUCUGAUAUUGUCUCCCAUUCCCCUGCUCUUGCCUACUCCAAUGCCCACAAGUGCCUUAGUCCUCCCCUUUCAAACACCCAGAAUGGUAAAUUGGCAAGUUUAAACUGGAACCUGACAGCAAAGCUCAGAUGGAUCCUAUGAUACCUUUCAUGGACAUGGCUGUACCCCUACUUGUUAUGUUAUUAUUCACUUUUAAUUUUAAACCUUAAAUAUGGUCAAUAUAAAUAUGUUGUGGAGAAGGAAAGGCAGAUAAAAUUCAGAAUUAUUUGAAACUAAAUAAUCAGACCAUUAUAAAUAAAUAUGUUCUUGAAAAUAUAU